AAACUUAGGAGAUAUGGAAGCUUUCAAACGGGUUACAGCAGCGAAAUGGUACUCGCUACUCCCGCCAUCAGAGUAUCGGAGAUGCGCUUUACGGGCGGCAUUAAGUUCCACGAUAACGGCACCAUGUUUCGUGACCCGGGACCGGGCAAGCAAUAUGUUGGACGGCCAUCUACGGAUAUUGAUGCCGCAUGGGACGACUUGAUUGGAACGCGGUAUUUGGCAUUCACAGACGACCAGAAGUCAUCCUUCCAGGUCGACAUGGACCGCGAUGAUGAAGACGGCCUGUAUCGCGCUGGACCCGAUGUCCUGCACUCUCUGCACUGCGUCAAUAAGCUCCGGCAAACGAUCGAUGGCUACUUGUAUAAGAUACCUGAUCAGGUGGAUGAGACGUUCAACAACGUGAUUCAUGUUGAACACUGCCUCGACUUCCUGCGUCAGCUGGUGCAGUGCACGUCGGACUUGACGCCGAUUCCGCUAGUGUAUUCAAAGGGUGCAGGUUUCGUCAUUCCGGACUUUGAGCAGGUGCAUACUUGUCGCAGCUUUGACCCAAUUCGGGAGUGG